UUUAACGCUGGCGACGGGAAACGUUAUUUCAACAUCCCCGGGUCUCGUACCGAUGACGUGGUGGACGUGGAGGGAACCACCAACGUGGGUUACCCCGGGAGAUGGGUGUUCCGUAUCGACAACGCCCAGGUGGAGGUGGGCGGAUGCAACACCUCUGGUAAUAUGGAAGAGGGAUAGGAUGGAUAUUUAAUCAUUAGUUUUUUAUUUUUUUAUUUAUUUUUAUGUUAAGUGUGUUGUGACUUUGUUAAAUGCACUUUAAUAAUUGGGAGAUGAUUUUGAUUUUAUUUGAUAGGGCAUUGUCUUAUUUCAGAUGACACAACAUUCGUCUGCACUGAUAUAACAUAUCCCCCAUUGUCUUAGGUCAAGCUGGUUGGGACUAGCGUUUUGUAGGAGUGACGCUGCAUGACGUAAGACAAUGGCGAAUAGGGUUAAUGGUUCUGAGAGAAUGGUAUAGAGUAAUAGAACCCUCAACUAGCAUAUAUCUCUCCUCCUCACUAACUAGCUGUUCUAUCUCUCCUCACUAACUAACUGUUCUAUCUCUCUCCUCCUCACUAACUAACUGUUCUAUCUCUUCUCCUCACUAACUAGCUGUUCUAUCUCUUCUCCUCACUAACUAGCUGUUCUAUCUCUCCUCCUCACUAACUAGCUGUUCUAUCUCUCCUCCUCACUAACUAACUGUUCUAUCUCUCCUCCUCACUAACUAACUGUUCUAUCUCUCCUCCUCACUAACUAGCUGUUCUAUUUCUCCUCCUCACUAACUAGCUGUUCUAUCUCUCCUCACUAACUAGCUGUUCUAUCUCUCCUCCUCACUAACUAACUGUUAUAUCUCUCCUCCUCAUUAACUAGCUGUUCUAACUCUUCUCCUCACUAACUAACUGUUCUAUCUCUCCUCCUCACUAACUAACUGUUCUAUUUCUCCUCCUCACUAACUAACUGUUCUAUCUCUCCUCCUCACUAACUAACUGUUCUAUUUCUCCUCCUCACUAACUAGCUGUUCUAUCUCUUCUCCUCACUAACUAGCUGUUCUAUCUCUUCUCCUCACUAACUGUUCUAUCUCUUCUCCUCACUAACUAACUGUUCUAUCUCUCCUCACUAACUAGCUGUUCUAUCUCUUCUCCUCACUAACUAGCUGUUCUAUCUCUUCUCCUCACUAACUAGCUGUUCUAUCUCUUCUCCUCACUAACUGUUCUAUCUCUUCCCCUCACUAACUAACUGUUAUAUCUCUUCUCCUCACUAACUAACUGUUCUAUCUCUCCUCACUAACUAGCUGUUCUAUCUCUCCUCACUAACUAACUGUUCUAUCUCUCCUCCUCACUAACUAACUGUUCUAUCUCUCCUCCUCACUAACUAACUGUUCUAUCUCUCCUCCUCACUAACUAACUGUUCUAUCUCUCCUCGUCACUAACUAACUGUUCUAUCUCUCUCCUCCUCACUAACUAACUGUUCUAUCUCUCCUCCUCACUAACUAACUGUUCUAUCUCUCCUCCUCACUAACUGUAGGUGUUCUGUCUCUCCCCCACAGCGUCUGUGUGUCCACACCUUCGACCCUGUCUGAAUGGAGGUCGCUGUAUUGAUGACUGCAUCACCGGAAACCCUUCCUUCACCUGCUCCUGUCUAGCUGGCUUCACCGGACGACGGUGCCAGAUAGGUCAGUCAGUGAACUUUGACCUUUGACCACAGUCACUCUGCUCAACUCUGCCACACUGUUUAGAAACAACCCCUAGAUCUGAGAGGAUUUUAUUGGUUUAAAGACAUGCUCCGCAACUUUGGUGACUAGUAAGUAUUUUUUUUUACCUUUGGGCUGGAUGUAUCAAUGCGUAGUUCAUAUAUACACUACAUGACCAAAGGUAUGUGGACACCUGCUCGUUGAACAUCUCAUUCCAAAAUCAUGGGCGUUAAUAUGGAGUUGGUCCCCCCCUUUGCUGCUAUAACAGCCUCCACUCUUCUGGGAAGGCUUUCCACUAGAUGUUCGAACAUUGCUGCAGGGACUUGCUUCCAUUCAGCCACAAGAGCAUUAGUGAUGUUGGACGAUUAGGCCUUGGCUCGCAGUCGGCGUUCCAAUUCAUCCCAAAUGAUUUGGGAUUCAGGAAUCUUCAUCACACCCCUCUCUCUGCUCUGCUCUGGGGGUAGGGGCUAGGGGUUAAGGGGCUAGGGGUUAAGGGCUAGGGGUUGAUUUGGGAUUCAGGUAUCCUGCUCUGCUCCUCUCUGCUCCAUGCUCCGCUGCGCCAGGAAAGAGGAUGUCAGCUUAUAAAAGCUGGAUUUCACCUGACCUGCCAAGGGACAACCUGAUAAGAUAUUUCCUUUAGGCACAUCUGCUUGUAAUACGCAUACCAGGUCACUGCUAGGUCUCUCUCCUCCUCCUGCCAGGUCUCUCUGCCACACUCCUCCUGCCAGGUCUCUCUGCCACACUCCUCCUGCCAGGUCUCUCUGCCACACUCCUCCUGCCAGGUCUCUCUGCCACACUCCUCCUACCAGGUCUUUCUGCAACACUCCUCCUACCAGGUCUUUCUGCAACACUCCCCCUACCAGGUCUUUCUGCAACACUCCUCUUGGACAACUCAUAACCUUCUACUAAAUCAUCCUGGGUUUAUUCUGCCUUGUAUGUGUUUAUACUGCAGUCACCCUAUUCAUCCCUAUACUGCAGUCACCCUAUUCAUCCCUAUACUGCAGUCACCCUAUUCAUCCCUAUACUGCAGUCACCCUAUUCAUCCCUAUACUGCAGUCACCCUAUUCAUCCCUAUACUGCAGUCACCCUAUUCAUCCCUAUACUGCAGUCACCCUAUUCAUCCUCAUGUAUCUCUGUCUCUCUCUGUCUCGCUCUCUCUGUGUGUGUGUGUGUGUGUGUGGUGUGUGUGUGUGUGUGUGUGUGUGUAGAUGUAGAUGAGUGUUCGUCCUAUCCCUGUCAGAACGGAGGUACCUGCUCAGACCAGGUUAAUGGAUUCACCUGCCAAUGUCCAUCUGGGUUUACAGGGACAGUCUGCCAAACGGGUACAGUACCCUCUCUUCCUCCCUCUCUCCUAGCUCUACCUUUACCCCAAUCACACAACCAUGUUCCACUCCCAUCUCCUCUCUGGUCCUCUCUGUUCUACUCCCAUCUCCUCUCUGGUCCUCUCUGUUCCACUCCCCAUCUCCUCUCUGGUCCUCUCUGUUCUACUCCCCUCUCCUCUCUGGUCCUCUCUGUUCCACUCCCAUCUCCUCUCUGGUCCUCUCUGUUCCACUCCCAUCUCCUCUCUGGUCCUCUCUGUUCCACUCCCAUCUCCUCUCUGGUCCUCUCUAUUCCACUCCCAGCUCCUCUCUGUUCCUCUCUGUUCUACUUCCCCUCUCCUCUCUGGUCCUCUCUGUUCCCACUCCCCUCCCCUCUCUGGUCCUCUCUGUUCCACUCCCCUCUCCUCUCUGGUCCUCUCUGUUCCACUCCUCUCUCCUCUCUGGUCCUCUCUGUUCCACUCCCCUCUCCUCUCUGAUCUUCUCUGUUCCACUCCCCUCUCCUCUCUGUUCCUCUAUGUUCCACUCCUCUCUCCUCUCCGAUCUUCUCUGUUCCACUCCUCUCUCCUCUCUGAUCUUCUCUGUUCCACUCCUCUCUCCUCUCCAAUCUUCUCUGUUCCUCCCCUCCUCUCUGAUUCCUGUUCCACUCCCUCCUCCUCGCUUUUGCCCACUCCUUUUAUCCUCUCCUCUUCCUUCCCUGCCCCUUUCUCUCUUCCUGUCCCCUCUCCUCCUCCUCUCCUCUUUCCUCCUCUCCUCUCCUCUUCCUCUCCUCCCUCUCCUCUUUUUCCUCUCCUCUCCUCUCUCCCCAUCUUCCUUCCUCUCCUCUCCUCUCUCUGUUCCCUUCCUCUUCCUCAAAACCCCUCUCUUUUCCCCUUCUUCGCUUCCUCUCCUUUUAUCCUUUCCCCCCUUUUCGUUCCCCUAUCUCCUUCCCUCCCCCCCGUACCCUGCCUCUAUUCUCCGUCAUACCUGUGUUGCCAUCGGGCCUCCUCUACCCUCUCUUCAAUCUCCUCUCCUCUAUUCUUUCCCCCCCUCUCCAACCCGGCCUGGUCCCCCCUGUUCCCCCCCCUUGAGUCCUAAACCUGCCCCGUCCCACCUGUCCACCUUCCCCCUAGUCCUAACCCUGUACCCCUCCCCUCUCUCUGUCCCUCUCCCAUCUCUAUUAUAACCGCCCCCCCUUCCCGUUCUCCUUCCCCCCUCUCACCAACCUUUUCCUCCCCUCCCUCUCUCUGUCCCCUCUCCCCCUCUUCCUACCCUUCCCCCCCCUCUCUCUGUCCCUCCUCUCCCCAUCUUAUCUAACCGCUGUUCCCCCUCCCCCUCCCCUUCUUCUCCCCUUCUCUUCCCCCCUCCUCAGUCCUACCCUGUCCCCCUCCCCUCUCUCUGUCCCCCCUCUCCCCCUACUCAUCCUACCCUGUCCCCCUCCCCUUCCUCUUCCCUCCUCUUCCCCCACUCUCUCUCCUCCCCCUCCCCUCUCCCUUCCCCCCUCUCCUCCCUCCCUCUCCCCCCUCUCCCGUCCCUCCCCCCUCCUGCCCUCCCUCCUCCUCCUUCCUCUUUCACCCCGGGCAAGACAUAUUUGCGGUUUAGGGGAGGUGUGGCGGAAUUUAAAGCUGGUAAUAUCCCGUGUAUGUGUCUAUCUCUCUGUGUCUGUGUGUGUGUGUGUGUUUCUGCCUGCAGACAUUGACAAGUGCAAAGACAGAGCCUGCCUCAACGGAGCGUUAUGUGUACAAGGUGUCGACAAUUUCACCUGCGUGUGUGAGGGGGGCUACACUGGCACUCUGUGUGAGACAGGUGAGUUAGCCAAAGGGCUACACAGUCUCUCAGGAAGGGUUCGGGUGUAGGGGUUGGAGUAUGGGCAUCUCUCUCCCCAGGGAAACAGUCUCUCUGGUUUCUACAUUACAAUUAUCAUCAAUCGGACAGAUGUUACUUCAUCCAGAGAGAGUUCCCAUGAAGCCAAGCCUGUAUGGCCUGAUUGAUAGCUUUUAGCAGGUUACAGUUCAGCUGCAAACACAUUGCGGUUGGAUUAUAUCUGGUUGUUCUUUCUGGGGUCACAGAGUGCGCAGACCUAUUAAAGUUCACGGAACUCAAACCUGUCUUCAAUAGAGACAUUGAGGAGUGUAGUGACUUUGGUUUCAUGGUCUGUGUCCCAAAUGGCCACCCUAGGGAACACAGACCCGGUGUGACAUCCUGGUCUCUCACUACAUGAUGGGUUAUUGAUGAAACAAGAAGGGGAACUGUUAGAGUCUACCUGUACUGUAGUUCCUACGUGAGAGGACUCCUUAAUACGAGACACCUGGUUCAGUGUAACAGUACACCUGCUGAAAGGAACUUCAGUUCCCUGAUCCAGCUCUGGUCUUGGAGAUCAACACACAAACACGCACACGCACACACACACACACACACACACACACACACACAUAUAUACACACACAGACAACACUACACGUGUUGCUCUGUUCUGUUCAGAGAUGGAUGGGCGAAGGCCAUUAAUUACUAGUCUGCAUCCAAGCCGAACUGAAAAGAAAGGUCGCAUCCCAAAUUGAACCCUGUUCUCUAUGUAGUGCACUACUUUGACCUGGGCCCUGUUAAUUACUAUAAUUAUAAUUACCUAAUUACUCUUCACCCUAAUUACUCUUCACCCUGCCAUUGUGUCUUUUUUGAUAUCGUAGGGAAUUACACCCUACAGUACAUGUCCAGUGGAAAAUGAUUUAACCAAGUCCAAGACCGAAUACCUUCCCGGGGUUAUCUUGAAAACCAGGACUGUCUUGGAAAGUUAUGAUUGCGUCCGGACAGGAUGGAUGCUUUUCCAAAAGACAACAUGCGGUCUAAAUUUGUGAUUCACAUACGUGUCAGACUGUUGACCCACACCGCUGUCUGUCAGCAUACAGCUUCAACACCUUGACUGUGUCCCAAACGACACCCUAUUCCCUACAUAGUGCACUACUUUAGACCACAAUAGGGAACAGGGUGCCAUUUUGGGACGUGGCAAAAACAUUGAAAGAGAACCGUUACUACCUUGGAAAUGUCUCUUUUCCAAAAUCCUCAGUUUCCCACAUAGAUAACGACUGGGGAUUGAAUAACAUGUACGUUUUGUUGUGUUUGUGGAUCCAGACAUGGACGAGUGUGUUUCCCAGCCCUGUCUGAAUGGAGGGCAGUGUAAAGACCAGGUGAAUGGUUACGCCUGCACCUGUCCUGCUGCCUUCACCGGAACACACUGCGAGACAGGUGAGCUACUGAUAGAACUCUCCUUCUUCUUUAGAAGGAGUACUAUUCAACUGACCCCCCUUGCGUCCCAAAUGGCACCCUAUUCCCUAUAUAGUGCACUAAUUUUUGACCAGUGCCCACAGACUGGCAUCCUGUCCAGGGGGGUGUACUUGUACAUCAAGCUGCCUCACACUACAGAAUCAGGAGAUAGGGGCUCCUGCCCCUAUGGGUCGUUCUGGCUUGGACAAGGCUUACUUACUUUCCCUUUAGGGACUAGGGUGCCAUUUGGGACUCACUAACUUUGAUUCUGCUAGUUUAUGCCAGUUAGAGAGUAGACACACAACAUUGGUCCUAUGGGUCCUGGUCAAAAGUAGUGCACUAUAUAGGGAAUAGGGUGCCGUUCUCUGGUCUAAAGUAGUGCACUAUAUAGGGAAUAGGGUGCCAUUCUCUGGUCUAAAGUAGUGCACUAUAUAGGGAAUAGGGUGCCAUUCUCUGGUCUAAAGUAGUGCACUAUAUAGGGAAUAGGGUGCCAUUCUCUGGUCUAAAGUAGUGCACUAUAUAGGGAAUAGGGUGCCGUUCUCUGGUCUAAAGUAGUGCACUAUAUAGGGAAUAGGGUGCCGUUCUCUGGUCUAAAGUAGUGCACUAUAUAGGGAAUAGGGUGCCGUUCUCUGGUCUAAAGUAGUGCACUAUAUAGGGAAUAGGGUGCCGUUCUCUGGUCUAAAGUAGUGCACUAUAUAGGGAAUAGGGUGCCGUUCUCUGGUCUAAAGUAGUGCACUAUAUAGGGAAUAGGGUGCCGUUCUCUGGUCUAAAGUAGUGCACUAUAUAGGGAAUAGGGUGCCGUUCUCUGGUCUAAAGUAGUGCACUAUAUAGGGAAUAGGGUGCCGUUCUCUGGUCUAAAGUAGUGCACUAUAUAGGGAAUAGGGUGCCAUUUGGGAUGCAUCUUGCUCUGAUUCUGCAAGUGAAUGCCGGCUCUGCCAUUUCUCUGGUUUAAUUUGCAUGUUUGGAACAAUGGUUCGUGAUAUAAAAUGUUACCAAAGGUGGCCGGCGAGCCCUGCUUUCUGCUCUCUGUUUUGGCUUCCUGCAAUAGAACAUGUUUCCAACUGGGGACAGCAGGCAUUAAACGAAACCUGACUAACCUCUCUCUGUGUCACGGAUCCUGCCGAGGCUGCCCCUCCUCCUUGCUCGGGCAGGUUUCGGCGUUCGUCGUCACCGGAGUACUAGCUGCUGCCGAUCUAUGUUUCUAUGUUCUACCUGUUGUUGUCAGAUUGUUUCACACCUGUUUCCCAUCUUGUAAUUACUUCGUCCCCUAUUUAACCCUGUGGCUCCCAUUGUGUUCUGUGCGUGUUUGUUGUUUGUUCUCGGAUGUCGUUGGUGAGCGGGUUUAUUCCUCCCUGCGUGGAGGCUUCUUGUUUCUUUACGUGAUUUAUUAAAGAUACGUUUUCCCUUGAGUUCUGUGUCCUGUGCCUGACUUCAGUCUACCGCAUACACUGACACCGUGACACUCUGGGAGGAUGAGAUGGGUGAGGUUACAUCCCAAAUGGAAUUAUAUUCCCUUUAUAGUGCACUACUUUUGACCAGGGCCCAUGGUAAGUAGUGUACUGUAUACGGAAUAAGGUGCAGUUUGGGAGCACCCUGAGAGCGGCUAGGAGCUCCGUGUUAGAGGCUUGAGGCGUCACUACAGACCCCCCUGGUUCGAUUCCAGGCUGUAAAUCACAACCGGCCGUGAUUGGGAGUCCCAUAGGGGCGGCGCACAAUUGGCCCAGCCUCGUCCGGGUUUGGCCGGUGUAGGCCGUCAUUGUAAAUAAGAAUUUGUUCUUAACUGACUUGCCUAGUUAAAUAAAGGUUAAAUAAAUAAAAAAAGAGUGACCUGGUGGUUUGUUGAAAGGCUUUGCGGCGUCGCCUGUUUUCAGAACCUCAGCAACCACACCGUGGUUUAUUACCGUGGUAACACCGUAUACCGUGGUAUCAUGGUUAGCUAAUGGCUGAGAGCUGAGGCCAGGUCUCUGGGCUUCUCCACUAAGAGCAACACAGGGAGAAAGAAAGAGCUUACUUUCUGUGCUAAUGCUGUGGCGUAGUAUGUUGGCACACUAUCCUUAUAACUGUCUGAACAAUUCUUACAAUUAGCUAGAAAGCCUCAACCUUUCGUAUUUUCUUUCAUAGAGUUGGUGUCGGCCCAAGUGAAUUCGUCGUCUACUCCUCAAACUGAAAAUCAAACAGGUAAGAGCUGAGCUAUGUGCUUGUAGGUCAUUUGAAUGUUGGUCAUCAGAACAUCUAUGGUUUUGCCAGACAGAAUAAUUUUCCAUAAGAAACGUUGAAUCAGCUUGGAGUCUAUUGACAGAACCACCUCUCUCAGUCAAACACAAAAGAACAGUGGACAUCUUGUAUGUGAUAAAUGUCUUUCUCAGAUCAGAGUUCAUCAUUUCCUAAGCUUUUUUUUUUUAAUUCCAAAAACUUGUUUAAAAGUAUAGUACUUGCCUGUUCUUUAUGUGUUUUGGCAUCACACACUGUGUUGCCCUAGGCCAAGGUUAUGGUAUAAACUAAAGUAGCUGGUCCUCUUGUCUGUCUGGCAGUGUCCUGUGAGGGGGAGGGCUGUGAGAACCACCAGAUCUGUGAACACACCGGCUCUGGGAGUUACAACUGCACAUGUACCCAAGGAUUCUAUGGUGACAACUGUGAAGGUAAAGUACUGACUGGGACAUACCCUGCUCUAGCUGAAGACAGUUGGACAGCAGGUAUAGGUCAGAACCUUUUCUAGCAGAUUCUAGCUGAAGACAGUUGGACAGCAGGUAAAUCCAUGGGCGGUCAGUGACUUUAAGAUAGUUGAGGGACGUUUUUUUUUUUUUUUCUAUGAGCAUGCCUUAUGUCUAUUACAAUUACAAUCAUAUGGAUGACUGUUAUUCCAUUCCCAUCAUACUAACUGUCCCCCAUUACCCAGCAUACUACUGAAUCCUCCAUUACGCCACAUACUACGUCCUCCAUGUACGAGCAUCUACUGUCCUCCAUUACCCCAGUACUACUGUCGCUCCAUUACCACAUGCUACUUUCCUCCAUUACCCAUCAUGACUACUGUCCUCCCAUUCCCGCAGCAAUCCUAACUAAGGUCCCCAAUACCCCGCAUACGAUUACUACCUGUCGCCUCCAUUAAACCCAGCUUACUACUGUCCUCCCUAUUACCCAGCAUGAUACUGUCCCGAUCCAUUACCCAGCAUACUUCGUCUCCAUUACCCGCAUACUAACGUCCCCCAUUACCCAGCAUACUCUGUCCCUCCAUUACCCAUACAUGCUACUGUCCUCCAUUAAACACCAGCAUAACUCUGUCCUCCUACCCAGCAUGCUACUGUCCUCCAUUACCCCAGCAGACUUCUGUCCUCCAUUACCCACAUACUACUGUGCCUCCAUUUACCCAGCACUACUGUCCAUCCAUUCCCAUCAUACUGUCUGUCCUUCCAGUACCGGCAGCAUAACUACUGUCCUCCAUUACCACCCCGCAUACUACUGUCCUCCAGUACCCACAUACUCUGUCCUCCAUUAGCCAGGCAUACUACUCUGUCCCUCCAUUACCUCACAGACUACGUACUUCCAAUUACCCAGCAUAUACUUGUCCUCAUUACCCAGCAUGCUACUGUCCCCAUUAGCCACAGCAUACUAACUGUCCUCCAUUACCCACCUACUACUGUCCCUUCCAUUACCCGCAUACUACAUGUCCUCCAUUACAUAGCAUAACUAACUGUCCUCCAGUUAAACACAGCCAUACUACUGUCCCUCCAUUAACCCGGCAUACUACUGUCCCUCCAUUACCCAGCAUACGAUGUCCUUCCAUGACCGCAGCAUACUACGUCAUCCAUUCCCCACAUCCUACGGUCCUCCAUUACCCAGCUCGCCUACUGUCCUCCAUUACAGCAAGCAUGCUAGCGUCACUCCAUUUACCUUACCCAUCAUCUUCUGUCCUCCAUUAUCCCCAGCCAUGCUUAACUUCUUUCCUCAUUACCCCAGCAUACUAUAGCUUGUCCCUCCAUUACCCAGCAUGAACCUACUGUCCUCCAUUACAGAUCAUACUACUGCCUACAUUAACCCAGCAUAGACUACUGUCCUCCAUUACCCCAGCAUACUACUGUCCCUCCAUUACCGAGCAUACAACUGGGUCCUCCAUUACGCCGCCUACUACUGUUCUCCAUUAAUUACCAGCGUACUACUGUCCUCCAUUCCCAUCAUACUACUCUACUGUCCUCCAUUACCCAGCAUAGCUACUGUCCUCUCAUUACCACCAGCAUACUUCUGUCCUCCACUACCCAGCAUGCUACGUCCCUCCAUACCCUCAUACUACUGUGUCCUCUCUAUUACCCAGCAUACUACUGUCCUCCAUUACCCAGCAUCCUACUGUGUUCCUGCCAUUACCAGCAUACUACUGUCCUCCAUUCUCACAUACUACUUUCCUCCAUUACCCAGCAUACUACUGUCCUCCAUUACCCCCAGCAUACUAACUGUUCCUCCUUUACAGAGCAUACUACUGUCCCUCCAUUACCCAGCAUACUACUGUCCUCCAUUACCCAGCAUACUAACUGCUACGGUCCUCCAUUACAGAGCAUAUACUUUCCUCCAUUACCAGCAUAGCUACUUCCCUCCAUUACCCAGCAUACUACUGUCCCUCCCCAUACCCAGCAUACUACCGUCCUCCAUUACCAGCAGCAUACUACUGUCCCCUUACGCCAUCUACUACGUCCUGCCAUAUACCCAGGCCAUACUACUGUCCUCCAUUCCCCAGCAGUACUACUGUGCCUCCAUUACCCAGCAUACUACUGUCCUCCAUACCCAUCAGAACUACUAUCAUCCCCAUUAACCCCCGCAUACACUGUCCGCCAUAUACCCAGCCUGACUACUGGGCCCUACCUUACCACCCAGCAUGACUACUGUCCUCCAUUUACCCCAGCCAUGCUAAACGGUCCUCCAUUACCCAGCAUUACACUGUCCUCCAUUACCCAUCUACAUUACAUUUUAAUUUAACUUCAUUUAGCAGACGCUCUUAUCCAGAGCGACUUAACAGUUAGUGCAUACAUUAAUUCUUUUUCCUAUUUUCAGUACUGGCACCCCGCGUGGGAACGACCCACUACCGGCUGGCGUUGCAAACUCCAUGCUCUACUACCAAACUGAUCUACCCUGCCCUGUCCGGCCACCCUCCCUACCCUGGCCGACGCUGGGGCCAGUGGUGUGCGCCGCCCCAUUGGUCUCCCGGUUGCGGCCAGCUACAGCAGAGCCUGGAUUUGAACCAGGAUCUCUAGUGGCACAGCUAGCACUGCGAUGCAGUGCCUUAGACCACUGCGCCACUCGGGAGACAUACUCCGUUACCCAGCAUGCUACUGUCCUCCAUUACCCAGCAUACUACUGUCCUCCAUUACAGAGCAUACUACUGUCCUACAUUACCCAGCAUACUACUGUCCUCCAUUACCCAGCAUGCUACUGUCCUCCAUUACAGAGCAUACUACUGUCCUCCAUUACAGAGCAUACUACUGUCCUCCAUUACCCAGCAUGCUACUGUCCUCCAUUACCCAGCAUACUACUCACCAAUGUUCAAUCACUAAUGAACAAACUUGAUGAACUCAGAGUGAGGCUCUCCUUCCAGAGGGACAUCAGAUCAGAGUGAGGCUCUCCUUCCAGAGGGACAUCAGAUCCUGCAACAUACUCCAAUUUUCUGAGACUUUCCUCCGACAUCCAAACCGUUUAUAUACAACCAUCCGGUUUUACAGUUUUUUGUUCAGAUAGGCAGCGGGCUCUCUCUGAGCAAGGCUCUGCUUUAUGACCAACAACACGACGAUGGAAAUCUACAGGAACUUGUGAGCUUCAGCUUCUGCUCCCCCGACUUGGAAUACUUGGUCAUCAAAUUUUGUCCUUUUUACCUUCCGAGAGAGUUCUCAGGGAUUUUCGCCAUGGCUGUGUACAUCCCGUCCCAAGCCGACACCAAAAAUGCUCUCAAAGAUCUUCAUUGGACCCUGAACAAACUGGAGACCCCAUUCCCAGAGGCAGCGUUCAUUGUUGUGGGGGACUUUAACAAAAAAGUAAUUUGAGAACCGUGCUCCCAAAUUAUUACCAACACAUCGACUGUCUAACUUGCAGAAAUUCUACUCUUGACCACUGCUACACGCCUUUUUCGACACAGGUGUAAGGCCCUCUCUCAUCCUUCUUUCGGAAAAUCCGACCGUGACUCCACUCCGUCUUGCUUCUCCCCGCCUACAAACAAAGACUCAAGAGGGAAGUUCCGGUGGUCAGGUAUAUACAGCGUUGGUCCGACCAAUCAAAAUUCACGCUCCAAGACUGUUUUUAUCACGUGGACUGGAAUAUGUUCCUGGUCGCCUCUGGAGAUAACGGAUUGAUACCAGCCUUGUAGGAAAACUGAAAGAGAGAAAUGCUGCUUAUAAAAAGGGCAAGGUGACCGGGGACAAUAGUUUGGUUAAACAGUACAAAUACGACCUACGCAGAGCAAUCAAGAUGUCAAAACACAGGUAUAGGUACGAAGUGGAGGCGCAAUUCAGUGGGUCAGACACAAGGCGUAUGUGUCAGGGGCUCCCAACGAUCACGGAUUACAAAAAGAAAGCCCGCCACAUCACGGGCACCAACGCCACCCUACCGGACGAGCUACAAACCUUUUUCUCAAGAUUCGAGCACAACGACCCUGAGCUGCCGAGGAGAGCCCCUGAUGACAACGUGGGCUACACACUCACAGUCUCCACUGAGGACGUAUGGAAGUCAUUCAAACGUGUUAACCCUCGCAAGGCUGCCGGCCCAGACGGCAUCCCUAGCCAUGCCCUCAGAGUAUGUGCUGCCUGUUUUUUUACAAUCUCUCCCUAGCUCAAGCUGCUAUACCAACCUGCUAGAUGGGGUAUUGUAAGAUGGCGCCGACAGAUAGGGCAGCUCUGCUUCUAGCUCCUAAGCAACUUUGCAGAAUUUUUGUUUUUUUGUGUGUUAUUUCUUACAUUAUUAGCCCAGAAAUGUUUUGUUUUAUUACAAACAGCCGGAAAUAACUUUUGGAUAUCAGAGCGGCGGUACCCCACCAGCAUUACGACCAGGAAUACGGCUUUCCUGAAUUGGAUCCUUUGUUCGUACCCCCCAGGGCAAUUUAACUGAUUCCAGAGGCUGAUCUUAAACACUGCCGGCGGAGAAGAGGUAUCCGGAGUGGACUUCUAGUCCGACUCAGGAGGCGCGCACACCAUCGCUUCCGAGUAUAUUACUCGCUAAUGUUCAGUCUCUGGAUAAAGUAGACUAGCUCAGGGCGAGAAUCUCCUUCCAGAGAGACAUCAGGGAUUGUAACAUACUCUGUUUCACGGAAACAUGGCUCUCUCGGGAUAUACUGUCUCCGUCAGUUGGGUUCUCAGUACAUCCCACAGACAGGAAUAAAGAACUCUCCGGGAAGAAGAAAGGUGGGGGUGUUUGUUUCAUGAUUAACUACUCAUGGUGUGAUUGUGAUAACAUACAGAAACUCAAGUCCUUUUGUUCACCCAACCUAGAAUACCUCACAAUCAAAUGCCGACCAUAUUACCUCCCAAGAGAGUUCUCUUCGGCUAUAGUCACAACCGUGUAUAUUCCCCCUGAAGCCGAUACCACGACGGCCCUCAAAGAGCUACACUGGACUUUAUGCAAACUGGAAACCACUUAUCCUGAGGCCACAUUUAUUGUAGCUGGGGAUUUUAACAAAGCAAUUUGAGGAAAAUGCUACCGAAGUUCUACCAACACAUUGACUGUAGCACUCGCUCUGAGAAAACAUUAGACCACUGCUACUCAGCUUUUCAAAAUGCCUACAAGUCCCUCCCCUGCCCUCCCUUCGUCAAAUCUGAUCACGACUCCAUUUUGCUCCUCCCUUCCUAUAGGCAGAAACUCAAACAGGAAGUACCCGUGCUAAGGACUUUUCAACGCUGGUCUGACCAAUUGGAAUCCAUGCUUCAAGAUUGUUUUGAUCACGCGGACUGGGAUUUGUUCCGGGUAGCCUCUGAGAAUAACAUUGACAAAUACAUGGAUAAGGUGACUGAGUUCAUCAGAAAGUGUAUAGGAGAUGUUGUACCCACUGUGAUUAUUAAAACCUACCCAAACCAGAAACCGUGGAUAGAUGGCAGUAUUCGCGCAAAACUGAAAGCACGAACCACCAUAUUUAACCAUGGCAAGGUGACUGAGAAUAUGGCAGAGUACAAACAGUGUAGUUAUUCCCUCCGUAAGGCAAUCAAACAGGCAAAACGUCAGUAUAGAGACAAAGUGGAGUCGCAAUUCAACGGCUCAGACACGAGACGUAUGUGGCAGGGUCUAUAGACAAUCACGGACUACAAAGGGAAAACCAGCCACGUCGCGGACACCGACGUCUUGCUUCCGGACAAGCUAAACACCUUCUUCGGGGUUAACACAGUGCCACCGACACGGCCCCCUACCAAGGCUUGUGGCCUCUCCUUCUCCGUGGCCGACGUGAAUAAGACAUUUAAGCGUGUUAACCCUCGCAAGCCUGCCGGCCCAGACGGCAUCCCUAGCCGCGUCCUCAUAGCAUGCCCAAACCAGCUGGCUGGAGUUUUUACAGACAUAUUAAUCUCUCCCUUUCCCAGUCUGCUGUCCCCACUUGCGUCAAGAUGUCCACCAUUGUUCCUGUUCCCAAGAAAGCAAAGGUAACUGAACUAAAUGACUAUCACCCCGUAGCACUCACUUCUGUCAUCAUGAAGUGCUUUGAGAGGCUAGUUAAGGAUCAUAUCACCUCUACCUUACCUGUCACCCAAGACCUACUUAAAUUUGCUUACCUCCCCAAUAGAUCCACAGACGAUGCAAUCACCAUCGCACUGCACGCUGCCCUAUCCCAUCUGGACAAGAGGAAUACCUAUGUAAGAAUGCUGUUCAUUGACUAUAGCUCAGCAUUCAACACCAUAGUACCCUCCAAGCUCAUCAUUAAGCUCGAGGCCCUGGGUCUGAAUCCCGCCCUGUGCAACUGGGUCCUGGACUUCCUGACUGGCCGCCCCAAGGUGGUGAAGGUAGGAAACAACACCUCCACUUCGCUGAUCCUCAACACAGGGGCCCACAAGGGUGCAUUCUCAGCCCCUUCCUGUACUCCCUGUUCACCCAUGACUGCGUGGCCAAGCACGCCUCCAACUCAAUCAUCAAGUUUGCAGACGACACAACAAUAGUAGGCCUGAUUACCAAUAAUGACGAGACAGCCUACAGGGAGGAGGUGAGGGCCCUGGGAGUGUGGUGCCAGGAAAAUAGCCUCUCACUCAAUGUCAACAAAACAAAGGAGCUGAUCGUGGACUUCAGGAAACAGCAGAGGGAGCACGCCCCUAUCCACAUCGACGGGACCACAGUGGAGAAGGUGGAAAGCUUCAAGUUCCUCGGCUUACACAUCACUGACAAUCUGAGAUGGUCCACCUACUCAGACAGUGUGGUGAAGAAGGCGCAACAGCGUCAGGCUGUAUCACCGCCUGGUACGGCAACUGCACCGCCCGCAACCGCAGGGCUCUCCAGAGGGUGGUGCGGUCUGCCGAACGCAUUACCGGGGGCAAACUAGACCUCCAGGACACCUAAAGCACCCUUUGUCACAGGAAGGCCAAAAAGAUCAUCAAGGACAACAACCACCCGAGCCACUGCCUGUUCACCUCGCUAUCGUCCAGAAGGCGAGGUCAGUACAGGUGGUGCCAGUUAAACAACCUCUCCCUCAACGUCAGUCUGACGGCGUGGUGCCAGGUAAACAACCUCUCCCUCAACGUCAGCAAAACAAAGGAGCUGAUUGUGGAUUUCAGGAGGAACCAUGCUGGACAUGCCCCCAUCCUCAUCAACCGCUGUGGAGACGGUCAAUAACAUCAAAUUCCUUGGCAUACACAUCUCAGAGGAGCCUCCCCCUAUGGACAUUCCACCCCUCCCCCCAACGGACUUUAACUCUGCCCCCACCCCAAUGACAUUAAUCACUGUUGCAGUUGUUCAAAUGUGUAUAUUAUUACUUUUUUAUUUAAAUGUUUUUAUUUAACUUGGUCCCCCUCAAUAAUAAAGCGCUGCUCUGCCUUCUUAACAGCACUAUCAACAAGGCAGGUCCUACAGGCCCUAGUUUUUUCGCACCUGGACUACUGUUCAGUCGUGUGGUCAGGUGCCACAAAGAGGGACUUAGGAAAAUUGCAAUUGGCUCAGAACAGGGCAGCACGGCUGGCCCUUGGAUGUACACAGAGUGCAAACAUUAAUAAUAUGCAUGUCAAUCUCUCCUGGCUCAAAGUGGAGGAGAGAUUGACUUUGUCACUACUUGUAUUUGCGAGAGGUCUUGACAUGUUGAAAGCACCGAGCUGUCUGUUUAAAACUACUAGCACACAGCUCAGACACCCAUGCAUACCCCACAAGACAUGCCACCAGAGGUCUCUUCACAGUCCCCAAGUCCAGAGCAGACUAUGGGAGGCGCACAGUACUACAUAGAGCCAUGACUACAUGGAACUCUAUUCCACAUCAGGUAACUCAUGCAAGCAGUAGAAUCAGAUUUUAAAAAACAAAUAAAAAUACACCUUAUGGAACAGCGGGGACCGUGAAGCAACACAAACAUAGGCACAGACACAUGCAUACACACACAUGAUAACAUACACAACACACACACACGUACACAUGGAUUUUGUGUUGUAGAUGGGUGGUAGUGGAGUAUGGGCCUGAGGGCACACACUUAGUGUGUUGUGAAUUCUGUAAUGAAUGGAUUGUAAUGUUUUACAAUUUGUAUAUAACUGCCUUGAUUUUGCUGGACCCCAGGAAGAGUAGCUGCUGCCUUGGCAGGAACUAAUGGGGAUCCAUAAUAAACCCCAGGAAGAGUAGCUGCUGCCUUGGCAGGAACUAAUGAGGAUCCAUAAUAAAUACAAAUAGAAAUAGUCAUGCUGCUCCUCUAUGGUCAUGCACACUCUUUGCAUUCUCUCAACCAGCUUCACCUGGAAUGCUUUUCCAACAGUCUUGAAGGAGUUCCCACAUAUGCUGAGCACUUGUUGGCUGCUUUUCCUUCACUCUCUGCGGUCCGACUCAUCCAAAACCAUCUCAAUUGGGUUGAGGUCGGGGGAUUGUGGAGGCCAGGUCAUCUGAUGCAGCACUCCAUCCCUCUCCUUCUUGGUCAAAUAGCCCUUACACAGCCUGGAGGUGUGUUGGGUCAUUGUCCUGUUGAAAAACAAAUGACAGUCCCACUAAGCCCAAACCAGAUGGGAUGGCGUAUCGCUGCAGAAUGCUUUGGUAGCCACGCUGGUUACGGUAAGUGUGCCUUGAAUUCUAAAUUAAUCACGGACAGUGUCACCAGCAAAGCACCCCCACACAAUAACACCUCCUCCUCCAUGCUUUACGGUGGGAAAUACACAUGCGGAGAUCAUCCGUUCAUCCACACCACGUCUCACAACGACACGGCGGUUGGAACCAAAAAUCUCAAAUUUGGACUCCAGACCAAAGGACAAUUUUCCACCGGUCUAAUGUCCAUUGCUCAUGUUUCUUGGCCCAAGCAAGUCUCUUCUUCUUAUUGAUGUCCUUUAUUAGUGAUUUCUUUGCAGCAAUUUGACCAUGAAAGCGUGAUUCACACUGUGUCCUCUGAACAGUUGAUGUUGAGAUGUGUCUGUUACUUGAACUCUGUGAAGCAUUUAUUUGGGCUGCAAUUUCUGAGGCUGGUAACUCUAAUGAACGUAUCCUCUGCUGCAGAGGUAACUCUGGGUCUUCCAUUCCUGUGGCGGUCCUCAUGAGAGCCAGUUUCAUCAUAGCGCUUGAUGGUUUUUGCGACUGCACUUGAAGAAACAUUCAAAGUUCUUGAAAUGUUCUGUAUUGACUGACCUUCAUGUCUUAAAGUAAUGAUUGACUGUCAUUUCUAUUUGCUUAUUUGAGCUGUUCUUGCCAUAAUAUGGACUUGGUCUUUUACCAAAUAGGGCUCAAACGCAUUAAGAAGGAAAGAAAUUCCACAAAUUAACUUUUAAGAAGGUACACCUGUUAAUUGAAAUGCAUUCCAGGUGACUACCUCAGGAAGCUGGUUGAGAGUGCCAAGUGUUUUCAAAGCUGUCAUCAAGGCAAAGGGUGGCUAUUUGAAGAAUCUCAAAUAUAAAAUAUAUUUUGAUUUGUUUAACACUUUUUUUGGUUACUACAUGAUUCCAUAUGUGUUAUUUCAUAGUUUUGAUGUCUUCACAAUUAUUCUACAAAUGUAGAAAAUAGUAAAAAAUAAAGAAAAACCCUGGAAUGAGUAGGUGUGUCCAAACUAUUGACUGGUAGUGUAUAUGUACAUAUCUACCUCAAUUACCUCGUACCCCUGCAUAUCGACUCAGUACUGGUAACCCGUGAAUAUAUCCAAGUUAUCGUUACUCAGCGUCUAUAUAUUAUUUGUGUUGUUAUCUUUCUAUAAUUGUUCUAUUGUUUUCUCUGCAUUGUUGUGAAGUAAAGCAGUUUCACUGUUAGUCUACACCUGUUGUGAUUCGGUUUGAUCCCACAGGAAUGUGCCUCAGUACCCUGGAAGAGGGAAAAGACUGUCUGGUCCACCCUGUUCUGCUGUGAUGAUGGAGGAUGUUCAUCUGUACCGCACAGUUUACUACGGGAACCUGGGGGAACAACAGUCCAUUUUGGGAAUAAUUGCUUUAUGGCGCAUUUUAUUAGUUUACUUACAAGGGGAAGUGCCGCUUUGUCUAGACUUGAAAGGACAGGAGCCUCUGUCUAGGCUGGAGCUGAUGGUUGGUAUUUAUUCAGGUAGUUUCAUCGGACAGGGUCUGGUAUAACAUGCCUGGCAGCAGGGCAGCAGAGUAGCGCAGAGCAGUGGCAAACUAUUCCUUAUAUAGUGCACUACUUUUGACCAGGAAACUCUGACAUUUUGUGUCCCAAAUGGCACCCUAUUCCCUACAUAGUGCACUGCUUUUGACCAGAGGACUCUAAUUGUAUCCCAAAUGGCACCCUAGUCCCUAGUUCCUACUACUGCUAGUCAAAGGUAGUGCACUAUGGGAAAUAUGGUGCAAUUUGGCUCUGCCAAAUUCAGCACUGACUCUGCCAAACUCAGCACUGACUCUGCCACUUACUCCUCUGGAUGAGGUCCAUGGCACAACUCUGUGGUCCUCCUGUCUGCUCUAUGGUCCUCCUGUCUGCUCUAUGGUCCUCCUGUCUGCUCUAUGGUCCUCCUGUCUGCCUCUUAACUGGUCCUCCCUGUCUGCUCUAACGGUCCUCCUGUCUGCUCUAUGGUCCUCAUGUCUGCUCUACGGUCCUCCUGUCUGCUCUAUGGUCCUCCUGUCUGCUCUAUGGUCCUCCUGUCUGCUCUAUAACGGUCCUCCUGUCUGCUCUACGGUCCUCCUGUCUGCUCUAUGGUCCUCCUGUCUGCUCUGUGGUCCUCCUGUCUGCUCUACGGUCCUCCUGUCUGCUCUAUGGUCCUCCUGUCUGCUCUAUGGUCCUCCUGUCUGCUCUACGGUCCUCCUGUCUGCUCUAUGGUCCUCCUGUCUGCUCUAUGGUCCUCCUGUCUGCUCUAUGGUCCUCCUGUCUGCUCUAUGGUCCUCCUGUCUGCUCUAUGGUCCUCCUGUCUGCUCUAUGGAACAGCUGUCUGCUCUAUGGUCCUCCUGUCUGCUCUAUGGUCCUCCUGUCUGCUCUAUGGUCCUCCUGUCUGCUCUAUGGUCCUCUUGUCUGCUCUAUGGUCCUCCUGUCUGCUCUAUGGUCCUCCUGUCUGCUCUAAUACGAACUGUCCUCCUGUCUGCUCUAUGGUCCUCCUGUCUGCUCUAUGGUCCUCCUGUCUGCUCUAUGGUCCUCCUGUCUGCUCUCUAUGGUCCUCCUGUCUGCUCUAUGGUCCUCCUGUCUGCUCUAUGGUCCUCCUGUCUGCUCUAUGGUCCUCCUGUCUGCUCUACGUUCCUCCUGUCUGCUCUAUGGAACAGCUGCUUGCUGCAUAAACCACAUGACACAUCCUGUGUUAUUGUACUACUACCUCUAAUACUAUUUCACCUCCUUAGAGGGAAAUAUCAUACUGUACCAUGCAUCCCAAAUGGUACCCUAUUUCCUAUAGGCCCUGGUCAAGAGUAGUGCACUAAAUAGGGAAUGGGGUAUCAUUUGGGAUGCAGACUAUGUGUGUGUUAGUUAGCUAUGUGUGUGUUAGUAAAUGGACAAUGUGUUUUCAAAACUGGUGGGUAGGUUCUCCCGUGGGAUGUUGGUUUCCCCCACCGAGGCUGAAGUCCUGUAGCCACGGUCAACACAGAUUUAUUUCUCAGCCCCAAAAGCUCUUUAAUAGUAUGUGAGCCAUUGCAAAUCCAUGCUACUCCUCACCCUUGAGCUGAAGAAACUCUCAAGGCUUAUAUAGACUCUCCUAAAUCGCCCAAAUACUUUCCUGCUUGGCUCACUUGGAAGGCCCUGUGGAAAAAGGAGUAGGAUCAAAUCAAAUCAAAUCACAUGUUGUUUGUCACAUGCGCCGAAUACAACAGGUGUAGACCUUACAGUGAAAUGCUUACUUACAAGCCCUUAACCAACAAUGCAGUUUUAAGAAAAAAUAAGGGUUAAGUAAAAAAUAGAUAAGUAGCGAGGCUAUAUACAGGGGUUACCGGUACAGAGUCAAUGUGCAGGGGUACAGGUUAGUCAAGGUAAUUGAGGAAAUAUGUACAUGUGGGUUGAGGUAGAGAGAAAGUAGCAGAAGAGAGGGAAGGAGAGAGGGAAGGAGAGAAAGAAGGAGAGAGAUAAGAGCAGAGAGGGAGGAAGUAGAGAGAAAGAGGAUGAAGAUAGUAGGGAGAUGAUGAGAGAUCUCUCUCCUCUUCGCUCUGCCUUCCUCUCCCAUGCUCUCUGCUUCUUUUCCUUCCUCUGCUCGCUCUCCUUCUUCGUCCCUCUGCGGUCUCUCCUCUCUCCGCUCUCCUUCCUCUUCCUUCGCCUCCCUCUCUCUUUCCUUCUCUCUCUUCUUCUCCUCCUUCUUCUUCCUUCUGCUCUCUCUCCUUCUCUCUCACUCUUCUCUUUUUUCCUUCUCCCUCUCCUUCUUUCUCCCCUCUGUUCUUUCCUUCCUCCUUCUCUCUCCUUCUCUCUCUCUCCUUCUCUCUCUCCUUCUCUCUUCUCCCUCUCCCUUCUCUCUUCCCUCUCCUCUCCUUCUUUCUCCUUCUUCUUUCCUUCCUUCUCUCUCACUCCCUUGUCUCUCUCCUUGCUCGCUUCUCUCUCUCGCCCUUCUCUGGCUUCUUCUCUCUUAUCCUUCUCCUGUUCUUUCUUCCUCGCUCUCCGUCUGCUCGCUUCUGCUCUCUCAUGGUCUCUCUGAUCCUUCGUUCGUCUCGCCUUUCUUUCCUUUCGCUCUGUCAUGUCUGUACGGCUCUCUCACUACUAACUCUUUCCUCUCGGUCCUUCUCAUCGGCCUUCUCCCUCUCCCUCUCUCUCUCCUUCUCGGGCAACACGCAUUCUUCGUGAUCCUCCCUCUCCUUGUACGUCUACUCCCCUUUUUCCGAAGAAUAAGGCCCGGGAAGUAGACCCAUUUCCACUCCCCGGAGAGGCAGCGCCUUACAGGGCGGAGCAGUGCGGAUCGCCUGCCUCGGCGGUCCCUUCCCCCGCUUAAACAGAGAAACCAACACACAGCAUCUAGACCAGGUGUGAACGCUCUCGCUAUACCCCUUAACGUUAGAUUGGCCACGGGCAUGCUCCAUUGCACAUGUAUCCCAUGCACAUCCCUGUAAAGUGCCACUACUAUGACAGGGCCCUUUGUUUGGUCAAAAAAGUACACUAUAUAGGAAAUAGGGUGAAAUUCGGGACGCAGCCCACAAAACAUGUUCCAUAUCAUCAGAAAAAGAACACCCAGCCGUCCUCUUUUCUCCGAUCCCCCCUGACUUCAAAGGGAAGUCAUUUAGCAGUGAUAUAUCCACUUCCUUUGAUCCUCACUGCUGCAAUUCAGAGGCAGAGAGAGGAGAGAAAAAUGUAAAUAUUCCUUUAUUUAGCAGUGAUACAGCCACUUCCUUUAUUUAGCAGUGAAACAGCCUCUUCCUUUAUUUAGCAGUGAUACAGCCACUUCCUUUAUUUAGCAGUGAUACAGCCACUUCCUUUAUUUAGCGGUGAUACAGCCACUUCCUUUAUUUAGCAGUGAUACAGCCACUUCCUUUAUUUAGCGGGUGAUACAGCCACUUCCUUUAUUUAGCAGUGAUACAGCCACUUCCUUUAUUUAUCAGUGAUACAGCCACUUCCUUUAUUUAGCAGUGAAACAGCCACUUCCUUCAUUUAGCAGUGAUACAGCCACUUCCUUUAUUUAGCGGUGAUACAGCCACUUCCUUUAUUUAGCGGUGAUACAGCCACUUCCUUUAUUUAGCGGUGAUACAGCCACUUCCUUUAUUUAGCAGUGAUACAGCCACUUCCUUUAUUUAGCGGUGAUACAGCCACUUCCUUUAUUUAGCGGUGAUACAGCCACUUCCUUUAUUUAGCGGUGAUACAGCCACUUCCUUUAUUUAGCGGUGAUACAGCCACUUCCUUUAUUUAGCGGUGAUACAGCCACUUCCUUUAUUUAGCGGUGAUACAGCCACUUCCUUUAUUAGCGGUGAUACAGCCACUUCCUUUAUUUAGCGUGAUACAGCCACUUCCUUUAUUUAGCGGUGAUACAGCCACUUCCUUUAUUUAGCGGUGAUACAGCCACUUCCUUUAUUUAGCGGUGAUACAGCCACUUCCUUUAUUUAGCAGUGAUACAGCCACUUCCUUUAUUUAGCGGUGAUACAGCCACUUCCUUUAUUUAGCGGUGAUACAGCCACUUCCUUUAUUUAGCGGUUGAUACAGCCACUUCCUUUAUUUAGCGGUGAUACAGCCACUUCCUUUAUUUAGCGGUGAUACAGCCACUUCCUUUAUUUAGCAGUGAUACAGCCACUUCCUUUAUUUAGCGGUGAUAACAGCCACUUCCUUUAUUUAGCGGUGAUACAGCCACUUCCUUUAUUUAGCAGUGAUACAGCCCUUCCUUUAUUUAGCAGUGAUACCAGGCCACUUCCUUUAUUUAGGCAGUGAUACAGCCACUUCCUUUAUUUAGCGGUGAUACAGCCACUUCCUUAUUUAGCAGUGAACCAGCCACUCCUUCCUUCAUUUAGCAGUGAUGACAAGCCACUUCCUUUAUUUAGCAGUGAUACAGCCACUUCCUUUAUUUAAGCGGUGAUACAGCUACUUCCUUUAUUUAGCGGUGAUACAGCCACUUCCUUUAUUUAGCGGUGAUACAGCCACUUCCUUUAUUUAGCGGUGAUACAGCAAUUUCCAUUGAUCCAAACUGCUGCAAGUAGGAGGCAGAGAGAGGAAAAUAAAAAUCAUUCUUCCAGUUUGGACUGAAGGAAGGGGACAUGCAGCCUGCUGACUGACUGACAAAGUGACUGGGAAUGGUCUGGGAAAGUCCCCUGUAGCUCAGUUGGUAUGUAAAUAUAAUGUAUGAAUAAUGUAAUGUAAAUGAAUGGUCUGGUCCUGUGAACUAGAACUAGCUAUGAGAUAAAGAUGUAGAGAAGAUUAAUGGUCCUGAAUCAAUGGGACAUAUUGUGAUGAGGUGGUGUUGAAGAAUAACAGGCUUUAUUACAGACAGACAGACAGACAGACAGACAGACAGACAGACAGAGAACACAUGUUGGCCGUCUAGCUAUACCUUCAAUGUUGAUGUUCUCUGGGACUAGGAUACUGUUGAUGUUCUCUGGGACUGGGGUGCUGUUGAUGUUCUCUGGGACUGGGGUGCUGUUGAUGUUCUCUGGGACUGGGGUGCUGUUGAUGUUCUCUGGGACUGGGGUGCUGUUGAUGUUCUCUGGGACUGGGGUGCUGUUGAUGUUCUCUGGGACUGGGGUGCUGUUGAUGUUCUCUGGGACUGGGGUGCUGUUGAUGUUCUCUGGGACUGGGGUGCUGUUGAUGUUCUCUGGGACUGGGGUACUGUUGAUGUUCUCUGGGACUGGGAUACUGUUGAUGUUCUCUGGGACUAGGAUACUGUUGAUGUUCUCUGGGACUGGGGGUACUGUUUGAUGUUUCUCUGGGACUAGGGAUACUGUUGAUGUUCUCUGGGACUGGGGUACUGUUGAUGUUCUCUGGGACUGGGGUACUGUUGAUGUUCUCUGGGACUAGGAUACUGUUGAUGUUCUCUGGGACUGGGGUACUGUUGAUGUUCUCUGGGACUGGGGUACUGUUGAUGUUCUCUGGGACUGGGAUACUGUUGAUGUUCUCUGGGACUAGGAUAACGGUUGAUGUUCUCUGGGACUAGGAGACUGUUGAAUGGUCUCUGGGACUGGGGUGCCUGUUGAUGUUCUCUUCGUCUGGGACUAGGAUACUGUUUGAUGUUCUCUUGGGACCUAGGAUACUGUUGAAUGGUCUCUGGGGACUGGGGUGUGCUGUUGAUGUUCUCUGGGACUAGGGGUACUGUUGAAUGUUCUCCUGGGACUGGGUGCUGUUUGAUGUUCUCUGGGACUUGGGGUACUGUUGAUGUUACUGGGACUGGGGUACUGUUGAUGUUAUCCUGGGACUGGGAUACUGUUGAAUGUUCUCUUGGACUAGGGAUACUGUUGAUGUUCUCUGGGACUAGGGGAUGCUGUUGAUGUUCUCGUGGGACUGGGGUGGCUGUGUGAUGUUCUCUGGGACUUAGGGAUACUGUUGAAUGUUCUCUGGGACUGGGAUACUGGUUGAUGUUCUCUGGGACUGGGAUACUUGUUGAUGUUCUCUGGGACUGGGGUUACUGUUGAUGGUCUCUGGGACUAGGGUACUGUUGAUGUUCUCUGGGACUGGGAUACUGUUGAUGUUCUCUGGGACUGGGUAACUGUUGAUGUUCUCUGGACUAGGAUACUGUUGAUGUUCUCUGGACUGGGGUGCUGUUGAUGUUCUCUGGGACUGGGGUACUGUUGAUGUUCUCUGGGACUGGGGUACUGUUGAUGUUCUCUGGGACUGGGGUGCUGUUGAUGUUCUCUGGGACUAGGAUACUGUUGAUGUUCUCUGGGACUGAGGUACUGUUGAUGGUCUCUGGGACUGGGAUACUGUAGAUGUUCUCUGGGACUGGGGUACUGUUGAUGUUCUCUGGGACUGGGGUACUGUUGAUGUUCUCUGGGACUGGGGUGCUGUUGAUGUUCUCUGGGACUGGGGUACUGUUGAUGUUCUCUGGGACUGGGGUACUGUUGAUGUUCUCUGGGACUGGGGUACUGUUGAUGUUCUCUGGGACUGGGGUGCUGUUGAUGUUCUCUGGGACUGGGGUGCUGUUGAUGUUCUCUGGGACUAGGAUACUGUUGAUGUUCUCUGGGACUGGGAUACUGUUGAAGCUGCCUCUCAAAACAUGUGUUACAGACCUCUGAGGUUGUACAUGUAGCUUAUAAAUGGCUACCUCUGUCAUCCUGUAGCAAGUGACCCAACAGGCUAUGAGCUGUUUUGUGGCUUUGAACUUUUGAGUCAGUGUCUGUGACCUCUUCUCUUCUGUCUGUGUCUGUCAUCCACAGAGGAGUGUCUGUGCCAGAAUGGUGGCGUCUGUGUGGAAGUGAAUGGGACCUGUGACUGCCCCUCAGGCUUCACCGGACUCUACUGUCAGUUU